UUAUAAACGAGAUAUCCCCAUAUAGUGAAGAAAUUUUCCAUGGCAAAAGCAGCUAAACAUCUUACAGAUAAGAGAUAAAUUGGAAUAAACAGCUGUCAGUGUUAAAUAAAUAUCCUGGAUAAUGUGCAGGACAGAAAUAACUACAGCCUCGUCAAACUCCUUUCUUCACUUUAUUUAGCUGUUCUUGCCUGUAGCUCCCAAUCUUUGCACUGCUUCAGUUAGUGGAGCAUUUAUUUUUGAAUCAGCUGCAUUUGUUAAGACUGUAACAACGAAAGGCAUUUCCUGAGAAGCUGCAAGGAUGAGCAGCAAGAAAGAACCGCAGCUAAGGAAAUACGGGACCCUAGUAGUGCUUUUUAUCUUGCAAGUUCAGAUUUUUGGUUUUGAUGUUGACAAUCGACCUACAACAGAUGUCUGCUCGACACACACAAUUUUACCUGGACCAAAAGGGGAUGAAGGUGAAAAAGGAGAUAGAGGAGAAGUGGGCAAACAAGGGAAGGUUGGACCAAAAGGACCAAAAGGAAACAAAGGAUCUGUGGGGGAUGUUGGUGACCAGGGAAUGCUUGGGAAAAUAGGUCCAAUUGGUGGAAAGGGUGACAAAGGAGCCAAAGGCUUAUCAGGUGUGUCUGGAAAAAAGGGGAAAGCAGGCACGGUCUGCGACUGUGGAAGAUACCGCAGAGUUGUUGGACAACUGAAUAUCAACGUUGCUCGUCUUAACACGUCCAUCAAGUUUGUAAAGAACGUUAUAGCAGGUAUCAGGGAGACAGACGAGAAAUUCUACUACAUCGUGAAAGAAGAGAAGAAUUACAGAGAAGCCUUGAUCCACUGCAGGGACAGAGGAGGAGCACUGGCCAUGCCUAAAGACGAGGCAACCAAUGCCCUGAUUGCUGACUACAUCUCUGACAGUGGCCUCUUCCGAGCCUUCAUUGGGCUGAACGACAUGGAAAAAGAAGGACAGUUUGUGUAUGCAGACAACAGCCCACUGCAGAACUACAGUAACUGGAAGGAAGGGGAGCCUCACGACCCCGCUGGCCAUGAGGACUGUGUGGAAAUGCUCAGCACGGGAGAGUGGAAUGACUCAGAGUGUCAGGUCACCAUCUACUUUGUCUGUGAAUUCCUCAAGAAGAGGAAAUAA